AUGGAGAGCAGUGAUCGUAGAGAGUACCCGCUAUACACCGUCGAUGCAUUUACAGCUGUGCCCUUUUGUGGUAACCCAGCAGCAGUUUGCGUGGUUACUGAAGACCGUCUGAGUGACAUUGAGAUGCAGAAAAUGGCAGCUGAAGUGGGUCUAUCAGAAACAGCUUUUAUAGAGGCUGACACAGAUGAGGAAUUCAAAACUGUCUCUAGAUUCAGACUGAGAUGGUUCACUCCCACGACUGAGGUGCCACUGUGUGGUCAUGCCACCCUCGCCUCUGCAGCUGUCUUAUUCUUUGUUAUCGGAAAUCAGUCAGAAAUGCUAGAGUUUGACACACACAGUGGAAUCCUUGCUACUCGGCGCGAGGGGGAGGAAAUCACAUUGAACUUUCCACUCAAUCCCAGCACACGACAGGUACACGACAGGGCUGGGAGGAAUGAAGAUUUCUUGGAGCUAUUCAAGUAUAUUGUUGAUGAAGACAAGGUGCUUGCUGUAGAAUAUUCCUCAACUACUAAAAAACUGUUGCUACGGUUACAUGAUAAUGUGUCAAGGGAAUUCCUUGAGAAUUUAAAGGUUGAUACACAACAACUGAUGAAAUGUCAGUUGACAACAGAAGUCAGAGGUGUGAUUGUUACAGUGAUUGGCUCCGCCCACAAGGAGAUCAAAGCAUAUGAUUUUAUUUCUCGGUAUUUUGCUCCCUGGAAUGGAAUUCCAGAGGACCCUGUUACAGGUUCAGCACACACAGUUUUGGCAAGUUACUGGUCAAUAGUGUUGAACAAGACAGAAAUGUGUGCGCAUCAAUGUUCUCCUCGAGGUGGUGAUUUGCGCAUCAGGCUGCGUGGAGAUCGGGUGGAGUUGAUUGGUCAGGCUGUUGUCAUGGUGACAGGAAAGCUUACUAUCUGA